AUGCCGCAAAAAAAGGCCCAGGCUUCUCCUGUAUACGAGAUGCCCCAUGAGAGGCAGGUGGAGCUGUUGUCGGAGGCCCUCCUGCGGGAGUACAUGCAUAGACGAAAAUUCACGGAGACGCUGCACGUCUUUGAUGAGGAGCACCCCCGCGACAACGACACCAUCUCGUCACGUGCGCUGAUGUCCGACCUGAUGGCACUGGGGACAGAGACGCAGCGCGCGAUGAAGGCCGACGGGGUCGAGACGAUCAUGGAGAUGCUAUGCGCCCUUCGUGUGCGGCGACGGAUGGAGCUGGAGGAGCUGAAGCAACGGGCAUCUGUCGAGGCUCCACCGACUCCAGAGAAGUUAAAGAAAAGUAGUAAAGAGAAGAAGGGGACGUCCACUAAAUCGUCUUUGGACGGUUCGCUGCGUGACAAGAGGCUGAGGCGGAGGGACACCGCGAGGCACAAAAAGUAUACGGGUUCUAUCGCAACCGACGACAGCAGCAACAAUAAUAAUAAUAACAACAACAGCAACAGCGCUACAAGCAGUGAGGGGGAAAUGGAGAGCGAGCGAAGGCCUGCUGGCUCUCCCAAGAGUGAGCUGGGGUCUCGCCUCGGGAAGAAGCUUACCCGCUCGAUCAUGAGGUUACUUUGUGGCAAAAAAUCUCUCCCUGCUUCGUUUCUAGAGCAGGGGUUUGUAUUUGUGGAGGAUGUGGAGUAUGGACUCGUCCAGUGGGAACGAGGUCCCGACGGUGUCAUUGCCGUUGUGCAGGCUUUUAUAUGUGCAUACUUUUUCCGAGGGGGGUUCGUCGAUGUCCAGCGGCAUCAGCAGCAAUGCCUCCUGCGGGCGCUGACGACGAUCCUUUCCAGUGCUCAACCGGAUCCGCGACGUGUGCGUCUUGUGAAUGGACCAGUAGGGGUGAAUAGUGUGGAGGCGGAUAUGGUACGUUUAAGUGUCAAGUAUGACUUCUUCUCGAUGCCCGAGGUCGAGGAGUCGCUCCACUCCCUUUUAGAGCACUGGAUGCAGCCCAGAGGCUCAGGUGUCUUGUGUUUUCUCCUCUCCGUUCUUCUGUCUCGUGGAGUUGAUGCGGCCGCUACCAUUCUGGAUGGUGCCACAACUUCCUUGAUUGAUGAAGAGGGCCGGUGCUCGUCUAACCUGGCGAGGCUGCUCUUGCGCGGCGAGGAGGACGCUGCUGCUGCUGCGUCAGAUGACGUACUGAGUGGCUUGGCGCUGGGUA